GCUUUGCAGUGCCCACUAAAUCGAUUCUAUACCUACAAUCCUCGAGGCAGACGCUAGAGAUUCGAAGCUAUACAAAAAGUUGGCACAAAUGUCCCAAAUGAAGGGUAACGUGCCUUUGGAGCUGGCCUUCUGAACCAUUCAUUCCUUGGCACGGUUAGCUUAAAGCCGCAUAACACCAUGAAUUAGGGGUCACCUGUUUAGUGGACUCUUACCACUGGAUCAUGCGGUCCGUAGUGUUAUUCUUAGCCAAUUGAGACAAUCGCUACCGACACUACACAGCUAUCUAGGCUGGUCGGGAAAAGAAGUUAAUAUUGACGAUCAACUUUCAAACGAGCCCGAACAGCCUCCGUCAAUUCAUCUGGGGAUUCCACUCUGGAAUGGAAGCCUUCUGUGGAUUCCUCCAGAAUCCUUUAUCGAUAUUUUCUAGUGAUUCCUCCAGGAAAUUUUUCCAAAACUUCUUUAGAGAUUCCUACAGGAGUACAGGAUUCAUGAGUACCAGUCUUGGAUCCAGGAAUUUGAUCAAUGGAUUUCUCCAGAAACUCCUGAAAGAUUGCCAGAUAAGAAAGAACUUCUGGAAAAUUUUCAAAUAAAACUACAAAAAGAUUUACAGAAAGUAUUUCUGAGGAUUUCUUGAAGAGACCUUUGGAGCAAGAAAAAAUAGAAAGAAGUUCGGGAGCAUUAGUUUGUACGCAUUGUUUGCUUUCGAUUCGAGUCGAAUUCUUGGAAAAAUAUUUUCAACAAAGUAGUCAUUUCUAUUAAUUUAACAUCAUCAAAAUAAAAACAAUCAUCUUCAUCAAUAAUUCACCCCCAACAAUGGCAUCAAAAUUCCUUUCCUUACUAGAGGACAAAAUUCGCUCCCAGUGCGUGUGCUACUCGGUCCAGAAGUGUAUCGAAGAAAAUGGCAGAAAAUUAAAUCUCUCCCGAUCCAAGAUAAAGACCGUCCCGCCAGCACUGGACUCGUGUACCUUUCUCUCGAAACUGUCCCUGGAUGGCAAUUUCCUCUCGUCGGCCUCAAUCACUGGCCUUCAAUCGUUGAAAUUUCUUCGCUACCUAGCGUUGAACGAUAACGAAUUAAACGAAUUCCCGGAGGAGCUGUGCGAGCUGAAGUUUGUCGAGUUUCUAAACAUUGGAGGCAAUCCGAUAGACCGCCUACCCGAAUCCAUCGACAAAUUGAAAAAUCUAAUUACUCUCUGGUGUAAUGAUAUGCUGUUGGAGCUGUUGCCCGAGGCCCUCGGAAGGUUGCGGAAGCUCAGAACGUUCGGGGCCCGAUCUAAUCAACUGAAGGCUUUACCGGAGUCAUUCGGUGAGCUGAAGCGCUUGCGGUGGCUUUCGUUAGAGGAUAAUGGAAUCGAUUCACUGCCGGAGUCUUUCGGAGAACUUUCCAGGCUAACCCAUUUGAAUAUGGCACGGAACCGAUUCAUCGACCUCCCCGCGACAGUAUCCACGCUCAAACGAUUGAAAUUUUGCUCGUUCGCGGAAAAUCUAAUUGAACAUGUAACCGAAAUUGCACUGGCAGAGCUUGACUUCAUUCCCACGCUUUUAUUGAAUGGUAAUCGUAUAAUGUCUAUGGAUGAAUUAAUAUUUCAUACGAAAGAAGUGCGCUUCAAGUUUGACAUUUUGAAUGAACUCGUUUCGGAAGAUUGGGAGUUUAGCCUACCAAACAGCGAGCUCAAUCUGGUGGACAGCAAUGAUGACGACACGUUUGAGGAACCGUACGAGAUGGAAGUACCCCAGCAAGCUCGGUUUUGUAUGGCUGUUUGAAGAACUGUAGACU